AUGGCUACCUUCUCUAGCACUUCUGCUGCUAUUGCUGCUGCUUCUAAUGUAUUGUCAACACCGUCAUCAUUAGGCUAUCAUCAUUUAUUUUCAACAUCAAAUAGCAGCAAUAAUAAUAAUAAUAAUAAUAAUAGUAGUAAUAGUACAUCAUCUGAUGAGAAUACAAUACAAGGAACUACUACUACUACUAUUAAUAAUUCCUUUGAUACAAAUCCAUCCUAUAUAAAUAAUGCUGAUUUCCCAUUAUGUUUAUCAUCUAAUCAACAAGCGAAUCCAUUUGAUGUUGUUGGUUCAGUAUCAACAUCGCCAUCACAUUUUAAUCAUGAUCCACUUGUACGACAUUUUUUAAACUAUCGACAAAAUGAUCCCAAUCUUGCCGGAAAUUAUUAUACAAAUAUGUCAACUGGACAGUUUGUUAAUGCUUUUGACUAUCCAUACACAAAUAUUACGCCAACAACAGGUCUCGGACCUGAUACAGUUGUAUCUAAUCAUGGUUUUAGUUCAACAUUGACAUCAAACAAUUUACAUCAACAUCAACAUCAUUCAUUUAUGAAUUCUUAUAUAUCCUAUCCACAUCCUCAACAGCCCAUAUUGAAACCAUCGGAUUCAUUUUCAAUGUCAAUCGAUCCACAACAACAACAGCAACUACAGCAACAACUACAGCAGCAACAACAACAACAACAACAACAGGCAAAUCAACAACAAAAUAUUUAUCCUUGGAUGAGACGUAUGCAUACUACUUGUGAUCCACAUAUUGGCGAAACGAAACGGACACGGACAUCAUAUUCAAGAUAUCAAACACUUGAAUUAGAAAAAGAAUUUCAUUUUAAUCGAUAUUUAUCACGAAGACGUAGAAUUGAAAUUGCACAUAGUCUUAAUUUGACGGAACGACAAAUUAAAAUUUGGUUUCAAAACCGUCGAAUGAAAUGGAAAAAAGAUAAUAAAUUGCAAAGUUUAAAUGACAUAAGUAAAAACGAAGAUAAAGCCAUAUCACUCAAUAUUAAACGAGAGAAGCAAGAUGCAUCGUCGACAACGAACACGACGCGUCUGAGUAAUGAUGAUGACCAUCGUCAAUCGUCAUCAUCGUCAUCAACUCCAAAUAGUUUUACUUGA